AUGGAUAUUUGCUUAGAAAUAUUGGUAAUCUCAUACUUGCUCUUGUUUGUGGCUUUUGGAGAAGGCCAAAAUGUGUGUGCUAAAUCACGGUGUGAACGCCAGGGCCCAGCCAUCCAAUUUCCCUUCCGAGUUAAUAGCCAGCCAGACGACUGUGGGUAUCUUGGGUUUAAUCUCUCAUGCACUGAUACAAAUCAGACGGUGCUCGAGCUGCCGAUUUCAGUGAAGCUCUUUGUCGAAGAGAUUAACUACACGUCUCAAGAAAUUCAUUUAUCUGAUCCAGAUAACUGCUUCCCAAGCCAUCUUCGACAACUCAAUUUUUCUUCCUCGUCUUUCCAAAUAAUUGAAGACCAUCACCUUAGUGACUAUGCCUUAUUCAAUUGUUCAGAAGAGAUGGGUUACUAUCGGAUCUCUUGUCUUAGUGACCCUACUUAUACCAACUACCAUGUUUAUUCGGUCGAAUAUGAUAGGGGCAUCGCUAAUGUGUCCAUAUCUUGUAAAAAGAUGUAUAAUCUUCUAUCAAUUCCAGAUCCCAGAAUUUUCAGUGACAAAAAUAUUCUUAAAUUGAGGUGGUCCGGGGCAGUAUGCAGACAAUGUCAAUUAAAAGGCAUGAAAUGCGGAAUCAAGAGGAAUAAAAGCACCGAGUGCUUCCCCAAAGACAAAGGCAUUAUCUUAGGUCCAUUUGUAUUACUACUAGCUAUCUUUGCUCUCUACCGUUUCUAUACUUAUGAUAAGGUAGAAAAAGAGCAUCAAGCAAAAAUUGAAAAGUUUUUGGAAGAUUAUAGAAAUUUCAAACCCACGAGAUACUUGUAUGCCGAUAUUAAAAGGAUUACAAAUCAAUUUAUUGAAAAGUUAGGUGAAGGAGCAUAUGGAACAGUAUUCAAAGGAAGACUUUCUAAUGAAAUUUAUGUUGCAGUGAAGAUCCUCAACACUUUUAAGGGAAAUGGAGAAGAAUUCAUAACUGAAGUAGGAACAAUGGGUAAGAUCCAUCAUGUUAAUGUGGUUCGCUUGGUUGGCUUCUGCGCUGAUGGAUUUAGACGAGCUCUAGUUUAUGAGUUCUUGCCAAAUGAUUCUCUAGAGAAGCUCACAUCUUCAACGGCCACCAAGAACUGUGUCCUUAAUUGGGAUAAGUUUCAAGAUAUUGCUCUUGGCAUAGCAAAAGGAAUUGAAUAUCUUCACCAAGGAUGUGACCAACGAAUCCUCCAUUUCGAUAUUAAACCUCACAAUGUUUUGCUAGACCAGAACUUCAAUCCAAAAAUAUCUGAUUUUGGUCUUGCCAAGUUGUGUUCAAAGGAUCAAAGUGCAGUGUCCAUGACCACAGCUAGGGGGACUUUGGGUUAUAUUGCACCUGAAGUGUUCUCUAGAAAUUUUGGAAAUGUGUCUUCUAAAGCAGAUGUUUAUAGCUUUGGAAUAUUAUUACUUGAAAUAGUUGGAGGGAGGAAAAUUGUUGAUGCUACAAUUGGGAACACUAGCCAAGUAUACUUUCCAGAAAUGAUCUACAAUCUCUUAGAACAAAAAGGAGACAUACGAAUCUUUGUUGAGAAUGAUGGGGAUGCUGAAAUUGCAAAGAAACUUUCAAUCGUGGGACUCUGGUGCAUCCAAUGGCACCCAAUGGAUCGUCCUUCCAUAAAAAAUGUGGUUCAAAUGUUGGAAGGAGAAGGAGAUAAACUAAUUAUGCCUCCUAAUCCCUUUGCCUCAACAGGCCCCUAA